CUUCACCGCAAGACUCAAUCCUAUUCCUCUCUGCAAACUGAAUAUUCCCCCCAAAAUCCAUCCACUCUCGCUCCCUCUCUUUCUUUCCCCCUGCUCUCACUUACAUGUUCCCUCAUAUACACAAACCUGUGGGGCCAGAUUCUCUCUGGACAGACACCUCAAUAUUCCUCAUCUGGUCUUUAGUUUUAACUUUUAAAUCCUCUUGCAGAGGGAUACAUAGUGCUCAUGAAGAUAUAAAGAUGCCCUUUGGUUCAAAUUCCAUAAGAAUAUCCGUUCGAGGGAUCCCAUUUCUUGUGUGAUUUGCUAUUCCUCGUUUCCUUAUUGGUUGAUCUUUUUGGCCAGUUUUAUCGUGGUGAGGUAGAAUACAAGAGAAUUGAAAACGUAGACGUGGAAGACGGAAGGAUUUGUUCUUUCUCUAGGAUUCUUGGGAAGUGCGAGCAUGAGGUUUGACGGAGAAAUCCCCCCUGAAGUAGGGGAGGAGAUUAAGGAGAAAGAAGUGAAUUCAAUGGGGCAUUCAAUCUGCGGUGGCGGGUCUCCACAGCCACAGACACUGGUGGUUGGGUAUGCCUUGACGUCCAAGAAGAAGAAGAGCUUUUUAAAGCCGAAGUUUGUUAGUCUUGCCUGGAGUAAGGGGAUAUCUUUUGUUUCCAUUGAUCUAAACAAGCCAUUGUCAGACCAAGGUCCCUUUGACAUUGUUUUGCAUAAGGCUGAUAGGCUGUGUUCUUUUCAGCUGUCAGGGAAGGAGUGGCGUGAAGUUAUUGAGGACUACAGGAAAAAUCACCCUGAAGUUGUCAUCGUUGAUCCUCCAGGUGCAAUUCAACAUUUAGAAAAUCGCCAGUCCAUGCAACAAGUUGUGGCAGAUUUAAACUUGUCUGACUGCAAUGGCAAAGUUGGCAUUCCCCGGCACUUGGUUAUCACAAAAGACCGGUCAUCCAUUCCUUACGAAAUUGCUAAAGCUGGAAUGAAAUUGCCACUGGUUGUAAAACCUUUAGUUGUGGAUGGCAGUGCUAAGUCACAUGAACUAUUUCUUGCUUAUGAUGAGUUCUCUCUCUCAUCGCUUGAUCCUCCUUUAAUUUUGCAAGAGUUUGUCAAUCACGGUGGCCUUCUCUUUAAGAUUUAUAUUAUUGGGGAAACCAUAAAGGUUGUAAGGCGUUUCUCUCUGCCUAAUAUCAAUAAACAUGAGCUGUCAAAAGUGGCUGGUGUAAUCCAGUUUCCAAGGGUUUCAAGUGCAGCAGCUUCCGCAGACGGUGCUGAUUUAGAUCCCAAUAUUGCGGAAUUUCCACCAAAACCCUUGAUGGAGAGGCUUGCAAGGGAGCUUCGUCACAGAUUGGGUCUCCGCUUGUUCAACAUGGAUAUGAUUCGUGAGCAUGGGACCAAGGAUACCUUUUAUGUUAUUGAUAUCAACUACUUUCCUGGAUAUGGAAAACUACCAGAUUAUGAGAAUACAUUUACAGAUUUUCUUCUUAGCCUAGCGCAGAGCAAGUGCAAGAGGAAACCUCCUAAUCUUGGUUGAAGGAACUGUAUAUAGAUCCAUAAUAGGUUUCUUGAGACUUGGGAAACACUAGCUUAACUGACUUGGAAAAAUUACAUACAAGACCCUAAUAAUUGUUUAUAAAUAAGUCUUGUGAGUUUGUAAAAAUAUAGCCAAAUUUCUUGAGACCUAGUUGUAAUUUGUUAUGGGUGUGAAGAAACCGCAUCACUCCAAUUUCAUACUUGUUUAGUUGCAAAUUCUGGCAUUUCAGUUGCAAAUUAUGAUUUUUUGGUUAUAAAUUUGUGAGGACCAAUUGUAAACAUGAGUUUACAAAAAUAUGGUUCUCUCAUAUUUACAAUUUGUCCUCAUGAAUUUACAGCUAAAAUUCCAUAAUUUAUUGCUGAAUAGGUAUGAAGUUAGGAUAGUGUAGUCUUUCUACACCAUUACAAGUUAUAACCAAAUUCCAAAAGACUUGAAUGUAUUUUUACAAAUUCAGAGGGCUUUUUUGUUAAUCAAUUUAUUCUAUAGGACUUGUAUGUAAUUUUUCCUAACUUCGUACAAUUGACCUGACGAACGAAAGUUCUUUUAAGAAGGGCUAUCAUUUCAUUUGUCUGGUGUUAUGUUUUAGGAUGAAAUAUGCUUUUGGUUUAUCUAGUUUUGAUAACUCCGUUUUGUCCUCUUUGAGAAAUCUAAUUCGGAUACCUAGUCGCGUAUUCA